GUUCUCUCUCUUUGUUAGACAACUUAAGAAGAGCCAUAGAAGAGAGAACUUUCUCCUUCCUCUCUCCCCCUCUCCCACUCAUCUCCUCCCUCUCUGCAACUCUCCGUAUCGCAACCUCCAUCGCCGGAAGCAAACCGAAGAUUCAUGCGAUUUCCGGAGCACAAAGCCGACUAUCCUUAGAUCUCAGAUCCCAAGGUCCACCCUCUCUCAGCUCCCUCCGACCUUAUCCUGACCAUCCUCGGUGACGGAGUUGAUCUUCCGGUGAUUAUCUCCGGCCCGUGGCGCUGUUCCUGAUCGGAUUGAUACUUCCGACCCUGCUGUCAUGGAGAGCUUGGCGCAGCUAGAGGCAUUGUGCGAGAGGCUGUACAAUUCACAGGACUCGGCUGAGCGGGCGCAUGCUGAGAAUACUCUGAAAUGUUUUUCGGUCAACACAGAUUAUAUUUCGCAAUGCCAGUAUAUCCUUGAUAAUGCUUUGACUCCAUAUGCCUUGAUGCUCGCUAGUUCGAGUUUACUGAAACAAGUGACCGAGCACACCCUAGCCUUGCAGCUGCGUCUCGAUAUUCGAAAUUACCUUAUCAAUUAUCUGGCAACCAGAGGACCUAAGUUGCAGCCUUUUGUAACUGCUUCUUUAAUUCAACUCUUAUGUCGCUUGACAAAAUUUGGGUGGUUUGAUGAUGAUCGAUUCCGGGACGUGGUUAAAGACUCAAUGGAUUUCCUAAGCCAGGCGACAUCUGAUCACUACACCAUUGGUUUGAAGAUAUUGAAUCAACUUGUUUCCGAGAUGAAUCAGGCAAAUCCAACACUGCCUUCAACACAUCAUAGGAGGGUUGCCUGCAACUUUCGGGACCAGUCACUUUUCCAAAUAUUCCAGAUAUCUUUGACUUCACUUUCUCAACUUAAAAGUGAUGGAGCUGUGGCAAGCCGUUUGCAAGAGUUGGCAUUAUCACUUGCCCUCAAGUGCUUAUCCUUUGAUUUUGUUGGGACUUCUAUUGACGAAAGCUCAGAAGAGUUUGGCACUGUUCAGAUUCCUACCGGUUGGAAACCAGUGUUGGAGGAUCCUGCUACCCUGCAGAUCUUUUUUGACUACUACAGCAUUGGAAACACUCCUCUGUCAAAGGAGGCCCUUGAGUGCUUGGUACGACUAGCCUCUGUAAGACGUUCCUUAUUCACCAAUGAGGCCGCGCGAUCUAAGUUCUUGGCACAUUUGAUGACUGGCACUAAAGAAAUUUUGCAAUCUGGGCAAGGACUUGCUGAUCAUGACAAUUACCAUGAAUUUUGUCGGCUUCUCGGACGGUUCAGAGUAAACUAUCAGUUGUCAGAACUUGUUAAUGUGGAGGGUUAUGGUGACUGGAUACAAUUGGUGGCGCAGUUUACUUUAAAGUCCUUGCAAUCUUGGCAGUGGGCCAGCAGCAGUGUGUACUACCUCCUGGGGUUGUGGUCAAGACUAGUGACCUCUGUACCAUACUUGAAAGCUGAUGCACCCAGUCUACUGGAUGAAUUUGUACCUAAGAUAACUGAAGGUUUUAUUACAUCAAGAUUCGACUCCAUACAGGCCGGGUUCCCAGAAGAUCUCUCAGAGAAUCCUUUGGACAAUGUUGAACUUCUUCAGGAUCAGCUUGAUUGCUUUCCAUAUCUCUGCAGAUUUCAGUAUCAAAGCAGUAGCUUAUACAUAAUACAAGUGAUGGAGCCUAUUCUGCAAGCUUACACAGAUAGAGGAAGGUUGCCAAUAAGUGAUACUAGUGAGCUAUCAGUUAUUGAAGCCAAACUUGCUUGGAUCGUACAUAUCAUUGCUGCGAUACUAAAAAUUAAACAAUGCAGUGGUUGCAGUAUGGAGACACAAGAGGCGCUUGAUGCAGAACUUUCUGCACGUGUUUUACAGUUGAUUAAUGUGACUGACACUGGGCUGCACAGUCAGAGAUAUGGUGAACUUAGCAAACAAAGACUUGAUCGAGCAAUACUCACAUUCUUCCAGAAUUUCAGGAAGUCUUAUGUUGGUGAUCAGGCUAUGCAUUCAUCGAAGCAGUUAUAUGCCCGCUUGUCCGACCUUCUAGGACUGCAUGACCAUUUAGUGCUCUUGAAUGUGAUUGUUGGCAAGAUAGCAACAAACCUGAAAUGCUAUACUCAGAGUGAAGAGGUCAUUGAUCACACCUUGAGUUUAUUCUUGGAGCUGGCUUCGGGGUAUAUGACUGGAAAGCUGCUUCUGAAGUUGGAUACUGUUAAAUUCAUCAUUGCAAAUCAUACUAGGGAGCACUUUCCAUUUCUAGACCAGAAUAGAUGUUCUCGAAGCCGGACAACAUUUUAUUAUACUAUAGGCUGGCUAAUAUUCAUGGAGGACAGCCCUGUGAAAUUCAAGUCUUCAAUGGAACCCCUCUUGCAAGUAUUUUUAACCUUGGAGUCAACACCUGAUACAAUGUUUCGGACUGAUGCUGUGAAAUAUGCAUUGAUUGGAUUGAUGAGGGACCUCAGAGGAAUUGCCAUGGCCACAAAUAGUCGCAGAACUUAUGGGCUUCUCUUUGAUUGGCUGUAUCCGGCUCAUUUUCCACUUCUUUUGAAGGGUAUCUCUCACUGGACUGAUACACCCGAGGUUACCACCCCAUUGUUAAAAUUCAUGGCUGAAUUUGUACUGAACAAAGCUCAGCGUUUGACUUUUGACUCAUCUUCUCCUAAUGGCAUCCUUCUUUUCCGCGAAGUCAGUAAAUUAAUUGUAGCUUAUGGAUCAAGAAUAUUAUCUCUUCCAAAUGCUGCCGAUAUAUAUGCUUUCAAAUACAAGGGGAUUUGGAUUUGUUUAACAAUUCUAUCUAGAGCUCUUGCCGGAAACUAUGUCAACUUUGGUGUAUUUGAACUUUAUGGUGAUACAGCUCUCUCUGAAGUACUUAACAUAGUUAUGAAGAUGAUCCUGUCGAUUCCUUUGGCUGAUAUUCUCGCUUACCGGAAGCUGACAAGAGCCUAUUUUGCGUUUCUGGAGAAUCUCUUCAGCAACCACAUUAAUUUCAUACUAAAUCUUGACACAAGUACCUUCAUGCAUAUCGUUGGCUCACUCGAGUCAGGUCUCAAAGGGUUGGACACAAAUAUCUCAUCUCAGUGUGCAUCUGCCGUCGAUAAUCUGGCUGCUUUCUACUUCAACAACAUCACAAUGGGGGAGUCACCAACUUCUCCUGCUGCAGUUAUUCUCACUCGACAUAUUGUAGAUUGUCCGAAUUUAUUUCCAGAAAUUUUGAAGACCCUAUUCGAGAUUGUCUUGUUUGAGGACUGUGGUAAUCAAUGGAGUCUCAGCAGACCGAUGCUCAGCUUGAUUCUUAUUAAUGAGCAGAUAUUUCCCGAUCUGAAGGCUAGGAUUUUGGCUUCACAACCGGUGGAUCAGCACCAACGACUGUCACUGUGUUUUGACAAGUUAAUGGCGGAUGUGACUCGGAGUUUGGAUUCGAAGAACAGGGAUAAGUUCACUCAGAACCUCACUGUGUUUAGGCAUGAAUUCCGUGUCAAAUAGUGUUCCUCUGUAGACGAGGCCGUCCCAUCGCCGAGCUCGGAACUUUUUUGAAUGGUUGGUCAGGAUAUAUUUUUUUUGUACAUGGGAGAUUUCCUUGUGUUAUAACUCCUACUGUCUCUUGGAGUUGGGGAAAAAAGGAAAAUCUCCUAAGCUGUUGUCUUCCGGUGGAGGCGGUCCCCGGACGAUAUGAUUGUUGUAAAUUGUACAGCUUUGCUCCACCCUUUAGGAGUCAGACGUAGGGUUGCUAUUUCAGGCAGGAUUUCACAGGUCGGUUGGCUUGGUUUAGUUGUGGGAUCUCCCCUGCAAAUAUCAUUGUGAUCGUGGCCUUUUUUUCUUUUUUUUUUCCCCUUUUCUUUUUUCCUUUUCUUGGGGGCAGGGGGGGUUGGAUUUUAGAUGUAAAGAUCAUUUUUUUUCCCAUUUUGGAGAUUGAUAGGUGUAUUCCUUUUGGGGCCGGGUCUGUCUGUACAUUGAAACUGUUCUGACAUUUUUUGUACCUCUCUCAACAACAGUACACAUGAAGGGAGAAAAAAAAAAGAAAAAAAAAGGGGACAUUAGAGGAUGAAGAAA